GAGCGACCUAUAUUUUAACCUUUUUUUGAGUCAACAUACUUAUUUCACUAGGUAUUAAAUCCUGGGUCGUUUUUGACGAAUACUGAUUUAUUUAUAACGCUGUAGACAUGGAAGUUUUGGGUCUGGUAGAUAUACCUUCAUGGAUAUUCACGAUUCUACUGUUCAUUCUUACACUAUAUUUAUAUACAUUAUGGAAGCAUACUUUAUGGAGAAGGUUGGGAGUUCCUGGACCAAUACCAUUCCCUAUCCUUGGCAGCAUUAAAGACUUGGCAGUAAAGGGAGUAACCAAAACUGACCAAGACCUAGUUCCAAAGUAUGGCAGUGUGGUUGGAAUAUAUAACGGAACUAUCCCUACACUAUUAGUGACGGAUACAGAUCUGAUCAAGGAAAUAUUUAUUAAAGAAUAUCAAACAUUUACUAAUCGUGUGCUGAUUUUAAAGACUGAUGAUUUGUUGGACAGUAUGAUAACAGCUGCAGAAGAUGACCAUUGGAAGUUUAUUAGAAGUACUAUGACACCUACGUUUACAUCUGGAAAAUUAAAGAAUAUGCUUCCAAUGAUACUGCGAUGCUGUGAUGAUCUCGUAAAUAAUAUCAAUGGUAAAUUAGAACAACAUGAAACCGUAGAAAUGACAGAAGUCUUUGGUGGUUUUACAUUGGAUGUCAUUGCAAGCACUGCCUUUGGUCUUCAGGUGAACUCGCAAAAAGAACCUGACAACGAGUUUGUUAAAAAUGCAAAGUUAACAGUCACGGACACCGUUGUAAAGCCAUAUUUCCUGAUAGUUAUGAUUUUUCCGUUCUUGAAAAAUCUGAUGGGAACUCUGUUCAAGGCUCCAGUAUUCGGAGAGGGUUCUGAGGAUUUUUUCAGAAAUAUUGUACAACAGUUAGUAGCAGAAAGAAAGUCCAACUCCAAUAGUCAUUUCCGAGAUUUUAUUCAAUUGAUGUUGAACUCUCAUAAAGAUAAAAGUAAAGACAAAGAAAAUGGGAGGAUUGAUGAGUUGGGAGGACUUGACUUUUCUGAGUACAAAAAUAGAGGAAUGAACGAAAAUGAAAUAUUGACGAAUUCCAUGAUAUUUUUUGGAGCUGGUUAUGAUACAACAAAGAACACUCUUUCCUUUGCCGCCUAUGCUUUGGCCUUACAUCCCGAUAUGCAAGAAAGAUUGUUUACUGAAAUUGACAACGAACUAGGGAAGAGACCUCCCAACUAUGAUUCGCUUCCCAACAUGAAGUAUCUAGAGAUGUUCCUAGCAGAGGUUCUUCGUCUGUAUGCCAUAGUACCAAGGAUUAACAGACGCGCCAAAAGUGAUAUCACGGUCAAUGGACUGUUUAUACCUAAUGACACUGAUGUAACUAUACCAAUAUCUGCCCUGCACAGAAAUCCAAAAUACUGGCCUGAACCUGAAAAAUUUGAUCCAGAAAGGUUUACAGAUGAAAAUAAGGCAACAAGACCUAUGUACAGCUAUCUGCCAUUUGGCCUGGGACCACGUGUUUGUAUCGGUAUGCGACUUGCUCUGAUUGAAACCAAGUAUGCUCUCAUUUCAACGGUGCAAAAUUAUAAGUUUGUAGUCGGUUCCAAAACAGAGAUACCAAUGCCUCUUGAAAAAGGUUUCAUAACCAGACCACUUAAUGGAGUUCACCUGAAAAUUGAGAAAAGAUGAUCUAAUAUUUUCGUCGGAACUUGACACAUACUUUUUAACUAUUUUGCCUGUUUUCAUCGUAACUUGACACAAUUGUUUGAAGAUUUCUUUAUUCUAAAAUGUGUGUUUUUUU